GUUGAACGGGAGGUAUUUGUUUGGGUCUCCGUGAACCAAGCAUACUAUCAGGAUCCUGAUUCACUGAUCCCCUAUUCUUUCAUCUACACUUCUCUCAGAAGAGUCCUUGAGCCCAACUCAUUUCCCCGUGACACGAUGGCCCGUUUCAAACGCUCAAUCGAGGAGAUGGCCAACAAGUCCGAUUCGGACGACGAUGACUACAGCGACCACCCCGUCCGUUCAUCUCGACGCUCAGCAUCCAAAUCGAAAUCGAAAAAGAAGUCGAAGCCCGCAAAGAAAAAGGCCCGUCGCGGAUCAGACGACGACAUCGUGUCCGACGAGGAUCUGCUGAGCGAUGCAGAUGAGCUCUCCUACCAGGAAUCCGACGACGAGGAGGAGGAGGAUCUGAAUGCCCAGCGGAACGCCAGAGGAUUGGUCGCGCGAAGGGCCGCCACGAAUCGACCGGUCUACAACGAGGAGGAAACGAGCAGCGUGGGGGAUGAAGACGAUGGGGAUGACAUGGAACCCGCUUCUCCGCCCAAGAAACGCAGGAGCACGGUGGUGAGGCUGAAAGUCGGCGAUGCUCUGAAGAGACAGCCGCCCGUGGACAAUGGGAAUCGGCGGAUGACGCGCCGCACCCGUGGCGCAUCGGAAGACAUCUACGCUCUGACGAACUCUGGACGACACAUGGAGAUGGUCGAACGUGCUACCCGCAGCCCGGAAGCCGAGGCAGUACGCCGACCUCGCCGGGGCUCCCAUCCCAACAAACAGCCCCCCGUGGUGGAGGAAGAGGACGAGAGCCAGACGAAGCAAGAGGAGUACAUUGAAGAGACGACGAUGGAAGUGAGGGGCUCCCAGCUUGAGAUCAUGGAGAGCGACGUCCAAGGUAGUUUCGAAGAAGGAGUUCCCGCCGCGGCAGGUCAAGACCAGGAAGCGCCUGGCGCUGAUAUAGGCUUUGUCCCUGAAUCGGAAAAUGGAGACACCAAACCCGAUGAUGACGAUGACGAUGAUGACGACGAAGGCCCGGUGACAAGGCGAAGAAAUAGACCCAGUCGAAGCCAGCAUGUCGCGGAGACUGAACAACCGGAGCAAGACGACGCUGAAAACCAGCAUCCUCGUCGAUCGAGCCGCAAGAAACCGAACAGCUCUCAACGCAAACGACAAGACGACGAGGAAAGUGAUUUCGAACCCGAAGAGGAAGAGUCCAACGACGAAGAUGAGGUAUCCCAGUCAGGCAAAUCACAACCUUCCCCGCGGAAGGCAAGCCAGGCUCGCGAUGAGGAAGAGGAAGAGGACAGCGUUGUCAGCCGACGACCGGGUCUGCGCAAACGACCAUCCCGAUCCCGUGGACAAUCCGAGGCAGGAGCUGAUAUCGCGGAGGAACUCGCCGAAGAACUGGAGGAUCUCAAGGGUGGCCGGCCGCGGAGGCGACUACAGACGGACAUAGUCUACGAGAAACCUCGGCGCAGUCGCAAAGAUGUGGACUAUCGGAUUAUCCGCCCCGAUCUCGUCUUGCCCAUCGAGGAGGCCGAGAAUGAAGUCAACGAAUCCCCUUCACGCCGUGGCCGGGGAGGCGGCGGCGGCGGCGGUUGGCAACGCACCCUGUUCCCUACCUGUGGACCUUUCGGCGGCGGCGGCCCGUCUGCUAUUCUUGCUCCGCCUGGGGCUCCGGCCGCCACGGGAGGCGUCGACAGCGACAGUAGCGACGACGAAGUUAUGCAGCACCCUAAAAGUGCCGGCGGCGCAGGUUCGGCUCCUGGCCCGCAUGGUACUGGCCUGAUCAAUACGCAAACCCACGCUGCCGACACUGCGCAAGGUCCUUCGGGAACGCCUGCAAACCUCGGUAAGGUCAAGGACAAACAGACACUGGCCGAUGCGGACCCGCUGGGUGUCGACGUGACCGUCAAUUUCGAUAGCGUGGGAGGCCUACAGGGUCAUAUCGAUCAACUCAAGGAAAUGGUUUCCCUGCCGUUGUUGUACCCGGAGAUCUUCCAGCGAUUCCACAUCGUGCCCCCGCGGGGUGUUCUCUUUCACGGGCCGCCCGGAACGGGUAAAACAUUACUGGCAAGAGCCCUGGCGAACAGUGUUAGCUCCGAGGGCCGGAAAGUCACCUUCUAUAUGAGAAAGGGCGCAGAUGCGCUGAGUAAAUGGGUAGGUGAGGCGGAGAGGCAACUCCGACUGCUCUUCGACGAGGCACGCAAAACGCAGCCGAGCAUUAUCUUCUUUGAUGAAAUUGAUGGUCUGGCACCCGUGAGAUCAAGCAAACAGGAGCAGAUCCAUGCAUCUAUCGUUUCGACUCUUCUGGCCCUCAUGGAUGGCAUGGAUGGCCGUGGUCAAGUGAUCGUCAUCGGAGCAACGAAUCGACCCGAUUCUAUCGACCCUGCUCUUCGGCGCCCGGGUCGCUUUGAUCGAGAGUUCUACUUUCCCCUGCCCAAUGCCGAUGGCCGCCGUUCCAUCCUGGACAUCCACACGAAAGGCUGGGAUCCUGCCCUUCCUGGUGACAUCAAGGACGAGCUGGCGGAGAUCACUAAAGGAUAUGGUGGUGCCGAUCUUCGCGCGUUGUGCACAGAGGCUGCCCUCAAUGCAGUCCAAAGGCGGUACCCCCAGAUCUACAAGUCCGAUAAGAAACUUGUCAUUGACCCGAAGAACAUUGACGUUACUCCAAAAGACUUCAUGCUAGCCAUCAAGAAGAUGGUCCCGUCAUCGGAACGAUCCACUUCGUCUGGUGCAUCGCCGCUACCUAAGGAAGUUGAGCCCUUGCUACGUGAUCCUCUUCGUGAUCUUAGGAGCCAAGUGUCUGAAAUACUUCCCCAAAGAAAGAGAUUGACCGCCUUGGAGGAGGCUCAGUUUGAGCAACCCGAGGACUCUGGGAGCUUUCGACACGAGCAGAUGCAGCAAGACUUCGACCGUUCGCGAGUCUUCCGUCCUAGAAUGCUGCUCCGCGGGCCCUUGGGCAUGGGACAGCAGUACUUGGCAGGCGCUCUUUUGCAUUACUUCGAGGGACUACAUGUCCAAUCGUUCGACCUCCCCACCCUCCUCAGCGACUCAACUCGAUCCCCCGAAGCAGCCGUCAUACAGCUCUUUGCGGAGGUGAAGCGACACAGACCGAGUGUGAUCUACAUCCCCAAUCUUCAAAGUUGGUCCGAAACCGUUGGACAGGCGGUUACUUCCACGUUUCUUGGGUUGCUACGAUCGAUCCCCCCUACCGACCCUGUUUUGUUAUUAGGGGUACAAGAAUCGAGCGGCGAAGAGAUCGAUGCUAGCUUGGUCAGAAACCUAUUCGGGUUCUCAAAGCGAAACUUCUUUGAACUGAAGGCGCCGGGCCACACCGCACGACUGGAAUUUUUCACGAAGGUAAUAGAGUAUAUAAAGACGUCGCCGGCGCAUUUCCCCGACCCGGAAAAUCGCAAGCCGAGGGUGCUCGAGACACUGGAAGUUGCGCCGCCGCCGCCGCCCCAGUCUGACGCUGCGCCCUCCAAAGAACAGCUCAAAUCCCAGAAAAAGAAGGACCACCAAACACUCAAUCUUCUGAAGAUCCGCAUCCAGCCUAUCAUGGACCAAAUCAAGAAAUACAAGCGGUUCAGGACUGGCGUGAUCGACGAAUCCCAGAUCCGAUACUUAUGGGAGGAAGACGACCCGAACAUUGUCACAAGCGACUUGCCCAUUGAACAACGAAAGGCUACGUUCCGACCGUUUGAAAAGGCCCACGAUAAGUAUGGAGUCCUGGGACUUCGGGAGACGGUUUCGGGCAAAUUCUUUUACAAUAUGGAUAUUGUGACCAUCGAAAAGCGCCUCUCCAAUGGCUAUUACAAGCGACCCAAGGACUUCCUGGCAGACAUCAAGCGAAUGACCAAGGAUGCACGGCAACUAGGCGACCAGGAGAGGCUCCUCCGAGCCAAUGAACUCCUGUCCAAUGUCGAAGUCGACGUCGCCACCAUCGAAGUAGCGGAGCCACAACUGGUGACGGAGUGCGAAAAUGUCUAUCUGCGAGAAUUGGAGCGCGAAAAGGUGGCCAUGCAAAAGGCCAAGCAGGCUGAAGAAGAGGAAGAGGCAUUUACCGGCCGGCAGGCCGCGAACCACAACGUUCCGCAUGGUAAUACGGAGUCCGGUCCCUCCAGUGGACCCGUGGUGCUAGGUGAAUCCUUCCCAGUCAUGGCGCCGAGCGGUGCAGCCAGGCCGGUCACGCCGACCCAGCGCUCGAACGCGAGUUUCAUGACCAACGGGUAUCACGGAGGCGGAGGAUCGGAUCUCAACGACCUGAGCACCCAUGCCCUGACGAGCAACGGGUCUCACGAGUCUCGACCGGACGGCGACGGCGACGUUUACAUGACCAAUUCCGAAGAUCAUUCCGGUGAGAGGGGGACGCAGACCAGCUCGUUUGGUCCAUCUGCCCAGCCAAAGCCGCCAUACUCCCACACGGCACCCUCGCAGCAGGUGCGACGGGAAUCGGGUCUGUCGAGUCUUUCACAAAAGGGACCAAUGACCCCGAUGGCCCCCGGAUCACAGCCACACGACUACACCAACGAAGCAUCCACGACCCAGACAACGUCCGACAAGAAGUCAUCUGAGCAGUCGUCCGUUCCUCAGAAUUACACGCAGAGUCCUGUGGCGGGCCAUGGGAUGAGGCAUGAAUUCCCCGAUCUGACUCAAUACCCGGACCGUGUGUCGCAGGAAGAGCAUCUUCCCGACACGCAGCAAGGUGACAAUAGCAGCCAGCCAUCGCCUCUCCCGCUCGGAGGGCACUCGGACUUUGAUCAUCAUGCGCCCAAUGCAAGCUCGCCUCCGCCGAAGCCGCAACCUCCGGUGCCUCUGUUCGACGCCUCGGCAAAGCAACCGACUCACGCGUCCACCAAUCUUCAAAAUCUCCUGAACAACGAAGAUCUUUCCCCCAAGUUGAUCCUGGAUCAUGAUUAUGUCCAAGAGCUGCAUGGUCAACUCACCCAGCGCAGUAGUGGCUGCUCUGUGGAACAGCUGGAGCAGAUCAACACCGCCCUUAUGGAUUACCUAUGGAGCAUGCGUGGCGAAUGGAACCGUAGCAGGGUGGCUGCCGGCAUCCAGGAAACGUUCAACGAGGUACUGGAAGAUAUGCAGGCAAUGCAGGAGAUUGGUCCCAUCAGCCAAAAGACCAAGGAUCAAUUCGAUCAAUUUGGGCUCUAGCCUUACGAUGCCGAGGAGAUUUACACUCAAUGUCUUCUUUCCCUUCUUUUCCUUUCCUUUUUUUUUUUUUUUUUUUUCUUGGCUCUUUGAUUUGUGAAGUGUGGCGUGGGCUUUGGAUUUCGAGAUGCGCCAAUGGUUUGAAGCGGCCAAUGCGACCCAUGAGGAAGAUGGCGGGCGAUGCUGGAGGCCUUUUAUUUCAUUGUCUCCCUUUUCUGUUCAUUUCUUUUUCUGU